GUGUUCUUCCUCCUCGAAAGGCAAGUGGUGAAGGCUCAGAACCAUGAGGUUGCCUCUGCAGCUGAGCAUUCUAACUCUCGCCUGGGUCUGGGCCGUGGCUCUGGAGAUUCCCAUGAGCGCCGUGGUGAAGGAGACCUUGAUACAGCUGUCCACUCACCGGGCUCUACUGACAAGCAACGAGACAGUGAGGCUUCCUGUUCCUACUCAUAAAAAUCACCAGCUGUGCAUUGGAGAAAUCUUUCAGGGGCUAGACAUACUGAAGAACCAAACUGCCCGUGGGGGUGCCGUGGAAACGCUAUUCCAAAACUUAUCAUUAAUAAAGAAAUACAUUGACCGCCAAAAAGAGAAGUGUGGCGAGGAGAGACGGAGAGCACGGCAGUUCCUGGAUUACCUGCAAGAGUUCCUCGGGGUGAUGAGUACCGAGUGGACAAUGGAAGGCUGAGGCCGAGCUGGCCCAGUGGAGACAGGACCUCAGAUUUUUAGCUGAACUUUAAACUGAUGCAUAAAACCCACAAAAUUGUACCGAUGAAGGGAUUGCCCUGUGCUGUUUCCAGUCAUAUUUACAUCACGUAGUCAAGCUAAACUCUUCUACUUCCUCAAACAUUGAUCAUUUACAUAUGACAAAAUAUUUAAAAUUCUUUUGUGUGCGUGUAACAGAAAUCCCUG